UUGUAUUUUGAUGUUUACAUUUUGAGGUUAAGUUGUAUUUUUAUUAGUGAUUGAACAUAAUGAACUACGUCUUGGGAAAAUGUUUUGUAACGCAGUAGUUGAAUUUUUGUCGGGAGAGAUGUAAAUGAGUCAGGCGUUCUACAAAAAAGGAUUUAUAGAAUGCUCAGCCCUGAAGUUUUCAAUUUUCCUGCACCGGAAUCGCAAUUUCAAGUAGAAAAAUUCGAAGGAAAGGUGCCCUUGACCAAUAAUAAUAUCAACAACUUUCAUUACAGUCACCUGGUAACUUUGAUAUUUCCGGAAUCUUCGGGAAAUUUUGGAAAACUUGAAAAUUUUGAAGAAAACUCUGUGUACUACAAAAUUUACGAUCUGAGCUUAUCAGACUUGGUUGACGUUAGAUUUAUCAGUAGUUUUGUAAGAAGUGGAAAAUUGACUCUUUUGAGUUUGGAUAAACGAAUCGACUGUGAUAAUUGCAUUGGCUUAACCCCAAAUGGUCAACUCCACCUAAACCUGACUAAAGAAACCUAUGAAUCUCUGGGAAUAGACGGCACCGUCUCUCAUUUUGUACAGAAGCUGAAGAGCCGAUACAUCGUUACCAUAGACUUGGCAGAAGAUAAACUACUCCACAACAAAAAAAAACUCGCCAAGCUGAAAUCCCGUUUACAAAGCUUUGAGAAUUUCACCGUACUCGUAUCCUGGCAACCACCAACAGAAGACGUAUGUCCUUCGUCGAUAGCAAAGUACCUCGCGGACUCUGGUUACAAGGUGAAAGAAUGCAGGCCGGCAUUUAACGAAAAGACAGUCACCUGUGAAAUUCCAUCGAUUGAUCUGUCCAGCAUUGACAGGAAUGAAGCCUCGGAGUUUGCAGAGUGGUUGGGAAUGGUGUCUCUAGGUGGCAGUCUAAGCCCUGACCUAGAUGACUAUCUGUCAAGCUACGUGGCGCCAUCUGUGAGCGGGAGGACCGAAACGAUCAAAUGCUUACAGUGGAGGGGAUUUUUCACAAGCAGCGACGUCAGCAGGCUGAUUGAAGGGGUAAUGUUUGGUUGUAAUCCGUUGGCGACAACUUGGACGUCGGUCUACGUUCAGGGUUUUGACGAUUGCCCUGUAGCUUGGGGUAACGAGGAGCAGCACUAUUUCACCAAUGGAGACAAUGCGAACCUGAUUAUUUUUAACAAUGCCAGAGGUGUGAUUUGCUCUCAGAAAUGUUCCAGAAAAAGAUACAAAUAAAUUUUUGUAAACCA